AUGUCGCUACCAACAUCAGACGAAGAGUGGGCCUCGCGCAUUUCGCAAAUCAAGGGUUCUCUCCCAACCCCGAUACCCCUGACGAGCCGCCCAGUUCCUGAACUCACCGCACUUGCACGCACGAUCGAUCACACGCAACUCUCCCUCUCUGCUACGCCGUUCCAAAUUGAUACUCUAUGCUCUGAAGCGCGCGAAUUCAAUUUUGCGACGGUGUGUGUUCGAGCAAGCUACGUUUCCCGUGCGGUUAAAAAUCUCGAAGGAUCACCGAUUGGUGUCGCGUGCGUGGUUGGAUUUCAUGAAGGCACUUAUCCCACCGACAAAAAGGCGGUGGAGGCCGAGGAGGCAUCGAAGAAUGGCGCCACUGAGUUAGACAUGGUCAUGAACUAUGUGCAACUCAAGGAAGGGCAGUACACAGCUGUGUUUAACGACGUACAGGCGGUCAGAAACGCGGCUAAAGAUGUUACCCUGAAGGUAAUUUUGGAGACAUCGCAGCUGAGCAGGGAUCAAGUUAUUGCAGCCAGUGUGGUGUCAUGCCUUGCAGGUGCCGACUACGUGAAGACCAGCACCGGCUUCAAUGGUCCCGGUGCUCGUGUCGAAGAUGUGGCCCUAAUGAGGGCGGUGUGUGACCUGGUGAGCAAAGAAGUCAAAGUUAAAGCUAGCGGAGGCGUCAGGACCGCCGGAGACUGCAUCAAGAUGAUUCAGGCGGGGGCUGAUAGGAUAGGCGCGAGUGCUGGAGUCAAGAUUGUCAACGAGGAGCAGACAACAGACUCCAGUGCGCCAGAUCUACUACUCAAAAUAUAUCGAUUUCUACUUCAACGCUGGAGUUUUCAAUAUCAUGCGCACGUGACGGUUGGCCAGGCCUUUGACGCUGCGGAGCCGCGCGCGGCUUUCCGAUUCGAGGGCUUCAAUCCCUUCAAGGACGAGACAGUAUUCGUCUGGCCGAUUAUGCACGACUCCAAGAAACGGAAGAUUUCCCACGAGGCGAAUUCACGCGAGCAUGAGGACUCUCCAGAUACGUCGAAGCCAACGGCGGUGUUCACGCCGCAAUGCGGGCGAUCCCAUACCCUGAGUGUGGCGCUCCCGGGUAGCAUUAUUGCUAAUGCCAAAUCGCAUGACCAAAAGACUUUCCUUGCCGGCUCCAUUGCACGCGCCCUCGCGGUAUUCUGCGUCGAUGAAAUCGUUAUAUUUGAAGAUGAGCCUCGCCCCCAACCUAUCGGAAAUGGCCAGCCGCAUGAAAUGGAGUAUACGGCCUUUACCGACCCUUGCCAUUUCCUGACACAUGUGCUCUCCUACCUCGAGACGCCUCCGCAUCUACGACGGGAUUUAUUCCCCAUGCAUCCGAAUCUGAGGACAGCAGGUACAUUACCAAGUUUGGAUAUGCCGCACCAUAUUCGGGCCAACGAAUGGUGCGAAUAUCGGGAGGCUGUCACGAUACAGGGUGAGAAUUACGGGGUGGAAGAAAAUGCUUCGGAGAAAACUGUCAAGAAGAAAAGUAAAAAGCUCUCAAAGGCGCAGCGAGAACAAGGGGCAUUCUCCCAAGACGGUCUAUCUAAAGACGAGAUUACACUGGUCAAAACAGGUCUUCCAGAACCUGUUCGCCUUCUCGAUCUCUCGAUUCCACCUCACACUCGUCUCACGCUCAAAUUCAAAAGCCAAGAUCCCGCCGAUGGAGCCGAUCCCGUUGAUCCCGCUACUCCACGAGAAGAAGCAGGGUACUACUGGGGUUACUCCAUCCGCCGUUGCUCCUCGCUGUCAAGCGUAUUCACUGAGUGCCCCUUUGACGGUGGAUAUGAUUUAUCCUUCGGAACUUCUGAACGAGGAGUACCACUUGUCGAUAUUCUACAAAAUCCAGAAGAAAUUCCACAAUAUAAGCACCUGCUACUUGUAUUUGGUGGAGUAGCGGGCUUGGAGGUUGCUGCUAAAGUCGAUUCUGAGCUAGUAGAAAAAGGCAUCAAGCCGGGAGACGUGGGCGGCUUGUUUGAUUACUGGGUCAACAUUUUGCCAGGGCAAGGUAGUAGGACAAUUCGAACAGAAGAAGCUGUCUGGCUAGGAUUGAUGGGCUUGAGAGAGGUUGCGGUGACGAAGGGGCGCGACUGA